UAAUUGUGUGAAUUCCAUUUCGCAACUUCGUUAUUACUCUUCCCACCACCUUGAUCUCCAAAAUUUUCUAAAGCCCGCCACACUCCUUUCAUUCACACUCUAUACCGCCAUUAAUCGAGUUUUCAAGCUUUGUCUAGCAGAAACAGCUCCAACAUGGAUGGACAUGAUACAGAAGACACAAAACAGAGCACUGCUGACAUGACAGCUUUUGUACAAAAUCUUCUUCAACAGAUGCAAUCCAGGUUCCAGACAAUGUCUGAUUCCAUCAUUACAAAGAUUGAUGAGAUGGGCAACAGGAUAGAUGAAUUAGAGCAGAGCAUCAAUGAUCUCAGGACCGAGAUGGGAGUAGAGGGCUCCCCACCCCCUCCGGCCCCAAAGGUAGCAGAUGAUUCAGCAUAAGAUUGUCGGUGGCACACACUUGAUUGAAAUCAAUUGGUUUUCCAAAAUAUCUGAGUAUACCUGUAUUUACUUUUUGGCUUUGGAAUGGGAAUGAAAUACACAAUUAUCAAUUCUGAGAACAUAUAUAUAUAUAUAUAUAUGUAUCUUUUUUGGAUGUAAUGGAUUUUUAAACAAUGUGAAAUAUGUUUCUCUUUACCUGAUAAAUUUGAUGUUUUUCGUUUCCCGUA